AAAAAAAAGAAAAAAUCUCUCCUGUUACUUUCGGCGUAUUCCUUUUUCUUUUAAUUAAUAUAAUAAUAUUGGGAUUGGAAUGGGAAUAGGAAUGUAGCGAAAAAGAGAAAAGAAAAUAAUAUAAAAGCCAUUCUCAGCAGAAAAAAAUCGAUUAGCGUUCGUAACUCCGUUCGUCACCUCUCCUCGCCGUCGCCAUCGUCGUUGUUUCGUCGACACCAAAACCCUAGUUUCCGGCGCGAGCGGCGGCGGGGGGAGUUGCUAGGGUUAGGGUUUGGGGGGGAUGGGGGCUGGGGUGUCGAGCAUCAUGGGGCCGGAGGGGGAGGUGGGCGCGGAGGGGGCGGAUACGGGGCUCGGCGACCUACCGGAGAGCUGCGUCGCCGCGGUGCUCCUCCGCCUAGAGCCGCGCGAGAUCUGCGACGCGGCGCGGCUCAGCCGCGCGUUCCGGGGCGCCGCCGCCGCCGACUUCGUGUGGGAGGCGAAGCUCCCGGAGAACCACGGGUACCUGAUGAGCUUCGUAUCGGAGGGGGCGGAGAGGGGCAAGGGUUUCGUGUGUAAGAAGGAGAUCUACGCGAGGCUCUGUCGCCCGAUUCGCUUCGAUGGUGGCAACAAGGAAUUUUGGAUGGAGAAGCGCAGGAGCGGGAUUUGCAUGGCGAUUUCAUCCAAGGGGUUGGCGAUCACUGGUGUUGAUGAUAGGAGAUAUUGGAAUCACAUCUCAACAGAGGAAUCUAGAUUCGGAUCCGUGGCAUACCUCAUGCAAACUUGGUGGUUUGAAGCGGCCGGAGAAGUCGACUUCUGCUUCCCGGCAGGUAAAUACAGCCUGUACUUCAGACUCCAUCUGGGCCGGGCCUACAGGCGAUUGGGCCGCCGACUCUGCAACUCCGAGCACGUCCAUGGCUGGGAGAAAAAGCCCGUCCAGUUUCAGCUUUCCACCGCAGAUGGUCAGCACGCUCGAACCCAUUGUCACUUGGCCGAGCCCGGCGCUUGGAUCUUGUACCACGUCGGCGAUUUCAUUGUACCAAACUCGAGUGUACCGACCAAACUCAAGUUCUCGAUGACGCAAAUCGAUUGCACACACACGAAAGGCGGUCUUUGCGUCGACUCCGCGGUAAUAUACCCAAAGGGGUUUAGGCAGGGAAAGGCUUAUACAGCUUGCAUGUAAUUUCUUUUAGGGGUGGGCAGUGUAGUUUACUGGAACAGGAAUGCAUACUAGGGUACUGGCCUGCUUUUUCCCUAGGCAUCUGGUAUGCUCUGUAACAUGUAUAUAUUAGUUUGUAGAAACAGUUUUGAUCUGCUGUGAGGGGCUUUUCUUGUGAAUUAAAAAGAGAGUUUGCAAGAGAAUAGUUGUCUGAUCCCAUAUGUUUGAGUGGUUCUGUUUCUGUUUUUCAGUAACCAGUAAUAAUUUUUUUUUUUUUA